UAGGUCUUGUCCCAACCACGGAGGAUUCUUCCCUGAACCGUUAACACGGGCUAGGCAAUUGCAUCGGCCAAAAUCUCAGUUAUCCCACGUCUUUCGCGAUUAGAAGCGUCCGCUAUGGGACCCAACAGAAAUUACACCGCCUGAGCGGGGGCUUGUACAAAUGUCGACGGCUGGGCCGCACAUUCGACAGACCCUUCCCCAUCUUCCCCAUCUCGUUUGCGUUCGUAUUUCGUUGCGACAUCAUGGGCGCGAGUACCACUGCCACGCAGGUCGAGGUUUCGACGAAGCCUGCCUCUUCUUCGGUGCCGGACGUCAAGACGCUUAGAGAUGCCAUACCAGCGAAGUGCUUUGAGCGCUCGCUCGUCCGCUCAAUGUCCUACGUUGUCCGUGAUCUCGUCGCCGUCUCCGUACUUUUCUCCGCAGCCGUCUGGCUAGCCAAGCUCGAUGCCCCAUGGACCAUCACGAUUCCUCUCUGGACAUUAUACAGCUUCGUGCAAGGCCUCUUCUUCACAGGUCUCUGGAUUCUGGCUCACGAUUGCGGUCACGACUCCUUUUCACCAUACCUCAAUGUCAACGCGACGGUCGGCUGGUUUCUUCACUCCAUCUUGAUGGUGCCAUUUUUUAGCUGGAAAUUCAGCCACUCGCGCCACCAUCGGUAUGCCAACCACAUGGAAAAGGACACCGUGUUUGUCCCCAGCCGGAAAGAAGAACUGGAAAAAAAGCAAGCCAAAGGUGUAAGCUUGGUCGAGAAGAUAAUGGACCAUACCGCAGCCGACACACCCAUUGUCAGCUUUUGCGCGCUCCUUUUCCACCAAUUACUCGGCUGGCCCGCGUACAUUCUUCUCAACGCUGGCGCGGGGAUGAACAGCUUGAUCAAGAAUUCUCGCAAAGAGAGUCCAAAGUUCAAGCAAUCUCAUCUUGAUCCCACGGCGCACGUCUUCACCGACGCAGAGCAGCCGUUCGUCCUACUUUCCAACAUCGGUCUCAUCUUGGUCUUAGCGGCGCUGUACCAGGUCAGCCAGAGCUUAGGCGUUGGACACACAUUUCUUCUAUACGGACUUCCGUACCUUUGGAUGAAUCAUUGGAUUGUCGCAAUCACAUACCUCCACCACACCCACCCCGACGCAGCUCACUACGACGCAGACAACUGGACAUAUGCCAAAGGUGCUCUCUCAACCGUUGAUCGUGAGUUUGGAUUCAUCGGACGUCACAUCUUCCACGGCAUCAUCGAAUACCACGUCGUUCACCACAUCUUUCCCCGCAUUCCCUUCUACCACGCCGAAGAAGCCACCUGGGCCAUUGAGCCCCUCCUCGGAGAGAAAUACAUCCAACAACGCAGCAACUUCUUCGUGGACCUCUGGACCGCUUUUACAACAUGCAAAUACGUCGAAGAAGGCACGGGCGCCAUGAAGGGUGGGCUUGUAUGGGGGAAGAACAAGAACACCAAGGCGCUAUGAGACUUCUUUUGUCCUGAAGUGAAGUGCGAAAUAAGGAUGCCAGCAUGGCUAAUGACACUGUUAGAUUAGAGGAAUUUAGAAGUAUGAUUGCGCCAGCAAUGAGCACCAGCAAUAAGCUACUUGAGUGAUGAUUACUUACUUUCGGGG